CAAAAAAAAGUUGUGAUGCUUUUCUUCACCCAGUGCUUUGGGGCUGUGUUAGAUCUCAUUCACCUCCGCUUUCAGCAUUACAAGGCUAAACGGGUGUUCUCUGCCGCUGGGCAACUUGUCUGCGUUGUAAACCCCACGCACAACCUAAAGUAUGUGUCCGGCCGACGCGCCGUCACCCAGAGCGCCCCGGAGCCCGGCAGCUUCCCCCCUCACCUCCUCCCCCCGCUCCUCCGCCACCACGCCCGCCAGCCCCACCUCCGCCACCACGCCCGCCCUCACCACACCCCACACCAGGAGGCGGGGCUACACGCUGCCCAGGUGACGCCCUGCACGUGCCCCUUGUUCUCCUGCCAGUGGGAAGGCCACCUGGAGGUGCUGGUGCCUCACCUGCGGCAGAUGCACAGAGUGGACAUCCUGCAGGGCGCCGAGAUCGUCUUCCUGGCCACGGACAUGCACCUGCCGGCACCGGCCGACUGGAUCAUCAUGCAGUCCUGCCUCGGCCACCACUUUCUGCUGGUGCUUAGGAAACGGGAGAGGCACGCAGGGCACCCCCAGUUCUUCGCCACCAUGAUGCUCAUCGGGACCCCCACCCAGGCCGACUGCUUCACCUAUCGCCUGGAGCUCAACAGAAACCACCGGCGUCUCAAGUGGGAGGCCGCCCCCCGGUCUGUCCUGGAGUGCGUGGACUCGGUGAUCACUGACGGGGACUGCCUCGUCCUCAACACCUCGCUGGCCCAGCUCUUCUCCGACAACGGCAGCCUCGCCAUCGGGAUUGCCAUCACCGCGGCGACGGAGGUCUGCUCCUCGGAAGCUGAGAUGUGACGCAGAGGCCCCGCACGGUCACGUGCAGCCGCUCCUUCCCCGAGGAACUCUGCCUGGGCCCUUGGAUGUCCGAAGGCCAGGACUCCAGGCUCCUUUCUAUUCUUCUCCCUCCUUCUCUCCUUCCUUCCUUUCUUUUUUUGUCUCAGGUACUUUGUGGUAUUUGGUAUUUGUCUGC